UGAUCCGAUGAUAUCAUUGAUGACGAGUGAUAUAUUUCUUCCGACUGUAAUUUCUUUGAUUAAUGAUGAGAGCAUGAAGAGCUUCUCAUCUGUGUUGGGAUCGCAGAUGGAAGGCAAACUUAAAGAUGCAAAGCAACUGAGACAUUCUGGCAAUAUUAAAGGAUGCAUACAUUCUAUGACACAAGUCAUAGAAAUUUAUCGGAAGCAAACAAAUGAGAAUUGUAUUGAUCUUAAUCACAUAUGUGAGGCGUAUUGCCUCCGAGCUUUGUCACGCCAAGAAGUUGAACCUUCUUCGAAGCCAAGUGUUAUACCCGAUCAAGGACUACUAUAUAUCCACUUCCAUGUUUAUAAUUUGAAAACUAAGUAGAAGUUCCCAGCAUAACAACCCACAUAAUUUGAUUUGACAAGUUGUGGUAUGUUAUUGUCAAUAAUAAAUUUGUUGAUUCAUUUUGUUUUAUGAAGUGCAAAUGCCAUGUUGCUUAAUCAUA